AUGUUAGAGGCAAGUGUCUAUUUGUGGAAUGGCGGCGGCAUGAGACGGGGGGUUGCUGUGUGCGCGGCAGUCGCGCUGGCGAUGGCGACGGCAGUUCUGAUCGCUACGGGAGGCAAGAGCAACGACAAUGGCGUGAGAGGUGGAGCUGUCGCGUUGGGAGGAAGGGAGGGAGAGGCGGCACGAGGAGAGGAGGACAGCCAUGGUCGGGGCCUGGGGAUGUACGAGCGAAUCAUGCAGGCGGUGAUGAACUUCGAUCAGAAUGCGACAGACUGCGAUGGUCUGGGGGCGAUAUGCGCCAUAGGCCUCAAGAACAAGAAGAACCCCGAUGACUUGACCUCCCAGAUGGCUCAGGACUGGCUCGCCCAACAGCCAUGGGACGACGUUCCCUAUGAGUUCUGCUCCGCGUUCACGGAUCUGAACGAAGAGGAGCUGGAGGCCUGCCUGACUCACUUCUUGAAGCCGCUCAAGAUCCUCAAUCGCGAGAGCAGCGCCAACAGCUCGGCACAGAACAGUACGGCCUUGAUCACAGAUGACCCUCGUUGGCUGUUGUGCUACCAUGCCGCGACUUCAAGCGAGGACAAGGAAAGAUGCAUCAAGUACAUCCACGAGGUCACCCAAGGGGAUUACGCGAGCGCCUGUCUCAAUGUGAACUCGGAGGAGGAACAGAAGCGAUGCUCGAGGGUGGAGGGGGCGAUCCGGAACGCGGAGCUCUUGAUUGAGCGGCAGAAUGUCUCAGCCCCAGCAAACACAAGUGACUCACUGAAUGCUUCCAGAGCAGAGAUGGAGCGGGAGCUGCAGGAGCAGAACAAGACAGAGAAGAUGCUCGACGACAUGCAGCCGAAGCUGCGAGACAUGUUCUCCAGCGUCAUGUCAGCCCGGAAGGAAGACGCAGAUGUGGUCGGCGGCAUGGAGGCUUUGCUCAACGAGACGCUCAACGAAGAUGCGAUGAAUGCGUCGGAGCUGCUGAAGCCGGCGAUGAGAUACCGAGAGGUGGAGUUUGGGAAGGAAGAGCAUGAGUACAUCCAAUCGCAUCCGAGACAGAGAGCAACGCCAACCUCCUUGAAGGAGACUAGUCCAUGGCGACUGGGGGCUGCCACCAGCAAGCGAGCAGCCAAGUUUGAGGAGGUCAGGGAUCAACAGUCGCUGCUGCAGAAGAGCUUUCAUUCUCUCUCGGCUGUGCGUCCCAAAGCCAACUUCAACGGUCAAGGCACUAGGAGCUGGAGAAGAGCUGGGAAAGUCCUAUCGACAGGCCAAAGAUCGACAUUGGGUGGCCGAGAGGCUUCGAGCGACAACCUUGGUUCCUUGGUCGCCAUGGUCAAGUCAGAGAAGAGAAGGCAGCAGCAGAUAGGCUUGCCAGCAAAUGGGCGGGGACAUGAUGCAAAGAGGAUGGACUUUGGUCAACUCAAAGCAGCAGUGAAGAAAGAAGAGGAGAGGGAUAGACGAGAGGACGAAGGUUUCCCACCUGGCAAGAUGUCAUCACAGCACAUGAAGCUCUUGGAUAGUCAGAUUGAGGAGAAGAGGAGAUCUCUACGCCAGCACCUCGCCAACGCGCAGCAGGAGGAUCGCAUGCAAGCAGAGUCAGAGAAGAAGAUGUUGAAGCUCGAGGGAAGCGAUAAGAACCUUGUGAACGUCGUUAGUGCAUUGGCUGUGGCAGGACAAGCAGGGAAGGAGUCGGCACACAUGCUCUCGAGAUAUCUGCAUCGAUGA